AUGGGCUCCCAAGGCCCCCUCGGUGGGCCACAAAAGCCCGCCGUUCCACAGACCACCAUCGCCAGAUUCACGCCGGAGGAAAUGAGGAACAUUCAAGGCGACAUCUUACUUGGCUUGCCCAAGCAGAGCCAGCGAUUCUGGUUCUUCAAGAUCGUCAAGAAUCACGACUUCCGCCAGCGCCUUGGCGAUGUCAUCCCACUCAUCACCACGUGCGUCAAGACCCAGAACGACCGUGAGGCUAUCAGGCGCCGUCCUCGCCGUGAGGAUUGCUUGCAUAUGGGCAGCAUUAAUGUUGCCUUCAGUUGGGAGGGCUUGAAGAAGAUUGAUCCGGCGAAGUUCAAGGAUAGCACCACGGGAACGGCUAUCCUGGACAAGCACUUUGAGGAAGGCAUGGAAGCUCAUCGCCUGCAACUCAGAGACGACCCGAUCAAUUGGAAUCCCAAGAACUGGACAAGUUGGGAUGGGAAAAAGGACGGCGAGGGAAAGGCAGAUACCAAGGGCUUCGAGGGUAAGAAUAUUCACGGUGUCGUGCUUGUCGUUGGAGAAGAUGAUCGCAAGGUGCAAGACCAGUUCGACAAGGUCGCAAGCAUCUUGGGAGACUCGGCCGAAGAAGUCAUUGCCCUGAACGGCAAGGUUCGUCCAGACAAGGAGGCUGGCCACGAGCACUUUGGCUUUAAGGAUGGAAUCUCGCAACCCUUCGUCCUCGGCACUGAGGGCUGGGGCAAGGACAGUCACGAGCUACCAGGGCAAGGCCACGUCAAACCUGGCGUGAUUCUGUUUGGGCGUGAAGGCGAUAACGAAGAGGUGGACCGACCACCGUGGGCAAUGGAUGGGAGCUUGAUGGCGUUUCGCUACCUCCACCAGAAGGUCCCCGAGUUCGACCGCUUUCUGGAAGUCAAAGCCACCUCUCAAGUCAGCAGUGAGCUUCUUGGUGCGCGGUUUGUUGGACGGUGGAAGAGUGGUGCACCAAUCGAUAUUGCUGAUCGACAGGAUGACCCCGUAUUGGCGGACGAUGAAAACAAGAACAACGAUUUCGUCUUCAAGGACAACGACAAUGAUCCGGCAAACCCCCACUCUCGUUGCCCCUUCGCAGCUCACAUUAGAAAGACGAAUCCUCGCGGUGACCUACCUCCUGGAAACAUGUCUGUGGAGCGCAUCAUUCGUCGCGGUAUCCCGUACGGUGAGGAGGUUGAGGAUAGCGAAAGGCAAACCCAAAAGACCAGUCGCGACCGUGGAUUGCUGUUCGCCUGCUACCAGUCCCACAUUUCACGUGGGUUCGACCUGAUGCAGAGAGUCUGGGCAAAUAACCCCAAUUUCAUUGUUAACAAGACGCCUCGUGCUGGGGUGGAUCCAAUAAUUGGCCAGACGCACAAGUCUGACACAGCACCAGCAGAUGCUAGAAAUGCCACUGGCAUGAUCUCCAUCAAUGCCGACGCUCCCAGUAACCAACCACCCAACUUCUUUGAUAUGGGUGACGCAACUGAUGAAUGGGUGGUUAGCCGAGGCGGCGAGUACUUUUUUAGCCCUAGCAUCAUGAGUUUGGAGAAGUACAUCGCGAUCUGA